AUGUUUCAGAACAUAAAGCUUUUAUUUUUCAUCGCCGGUUUACUGCCAGCAGCAGUACUGUCAGCACAAUGCUCGCAAAAGCUGCAAGUUGGUAGUAAAGGUGACUGCGUCAAGGAGGUCCAGCGUAAGGUGGGAACCAGUGCCGACGGGAUUUUCGGGCAAAGUACACAAGCCGCAGUGAAAGCCUUCCAGCGCCGGCAUGGCCUGGAAGCCGACGGGAUCGUCGGUGCAAAUACAUGGGCGGUCAUUUAUGGAAGCAGCGGAAGCGGAACCGGAAGCGCUCCGGGAGGUUGUGGAUGUGAUGCCAACCGCGCCACACAGUGCACUUCCGGCGCCACACCGGGCGCAAAAAAUCUGGCAUCGUAUUUGAAGAAUAAAUUUGGCGGUAGAACGGAAAUCUUUAAUUGCCGGAAUGUCCGUGGAGGCAGCACGGUGUCGUUGCACGGUGAAGGUCGCGCGGUGGAUUUCUACCCGAGUAACUUAUCCAAUGGACAAGCCGUUGUUAAUCAUUUGAAAAGCAUUGCCUGUCAGAAUGGAAUACAGGAGGUAAUUUUUAAUCGUCAGAUCUGGACGAAAGGGGGAACCCUCACCUACAAAGGGCUAAAUCCGCACACGGAUCAUAUCCAUGUUGGAUUAAACAAGUGCGGCGCGCAAAGUUUUAAUUUGUAG